AGUUGUUUGGACGCCACGACUCGCACGGCUCAGUUCACCAACGGCCGGUAUCUUGAUUGGACGUACUGGGGGCGAAAACAAAAAGAACGACACCGGAACGAACUGUUCCCGAAGGUGUGACACGCAAUCUCGCUUAAUUAAAUCUAACAGUCCGGCAGUGUGUUUUUGUGUCAAACGAUCACGAGUCGUUCAGCAAGAAUGUGUGGUCUCAAAUCUGAAAGGAAGUCAUCGUGAGUUUUGCGUUGUUUUUCUUUCUUUCUCAGUGUCUCAGGAGCGGCUACUGCUUGGGGAUUUCUGCUCUCCCCUCAGGGGAGUGACAAAUAAAGACGAAAACACAACACAAACACCGCUCUCCCUCGAAAAGCUCGAAAGCCAAGUCUUUGUUGGUCUUGGCGGACAACAGACCACACAACGCCACCGUCCCGUCCCGCUGUACUGUUUCGUAAUGCAUGAGGAUCCCUGAAGGUGUGUAACGGGGCCUGGUUGGCCGGAGCUUGGUAAGUUCGGCCAGACGAAACGAGCCACAGAACGCAGUGCCUCGACACAAACAAACAAACCGAAAGAGCGAGCGUGUGUCGGUGGACGGGUACGAACGAAAGACCGGCGAGCCUUAAACCCGCCCGCCCCUAGCAUUGCGAUUAUGCCACCGGCAACGUCAGGACGGAAGGGAAAUGCGGGGACGGGGGGAGGAGGUCACCAGCGCAAAGGGAAGGCGGCGCAGGCGGCAAAGGGUGAGGUGGCACCGGUGGCUCAGGACCCGGACGAGGACACAAAUGCCGGCUUCGGGAAGUAUUUAAGAUCGGAAGAAGGUAUCGAAAUGAUGAAGCUGUUCGUGAUCGCUAACACGAUUGUGGUGUUUGUUACGAUGGCUUGGCCACAGAUGCAACAGUCCUAUCGCAUCCUGCGCUCGCUUGUGUUUAACGACGAGGACGAAGACUCUGGCGAACUUUAGGAGUGUUGGUAUGAGUGUGCAUGUUGAGUGAUGUUUAAGCGUUUGGCUUCAAGUGUUAAAAGAGGCGCAAAAAAAAAGAAACAAAACUAUAUCUAGCUAUCGUAGGUCACGAGACCAAACAGUGUGUUUUUGCGGAGCAGAUCUUAUUUGUUCUUGCUGGGAGAGUUAGAAAAAUAGAGGAGCUACGAUGCUGCUGCUUGCCUUUCGCAGCUUCUUCUUCAUUGCCGUCAUACUCGGCUACAGUACCGGUAUCUGGCGGCUGAUUAACGACUACUUCCGGCACGAGUUCCAAACCUACCUGAAGGAGGAGUCGCAAACGAACAAGUACCUGUUGCGGGACCCGCCUAAACCUGGCCAACCGGAAGCGACCGAUAAUCGACAUCCCGCGCCGGGCCGGGCCGACCAUCAACAGGUGACAGAUUCGAUUAUGGCACUGUUCGAAACUACCACCACGCCCGCCGGAACUGACGCAGGUGCGAAUCCGUUUGCGAGCGAUGCGACGACCGGUGCGCGGGCUUCGCGUUCGGGUGAGGCGGCGUUACGGGUUGCGGCAGCGGAAGUUACCGAUAUCCGGGAUGACGCGAAACGCGACGAACGGAUGGGUGGGGAAGGGCAGGGGGAGGAUGAGGAUAAGUGGAUUUCGUACUGGAGCAGGAGGGACCGGAAGCGUGACAGUGGGAUGGAUGAGAGCGCGAACGCUUACUGUACGAUUAGCGCCCGAACCGAGGGUGAAUCGUUCGCUGGUGCCGUGACCAGGAUCACGCAACGGAUAAUGCCGGAUGGAGAUGAUUUCGGUUGCUCCGACUAACGUGCUGAAUGCGGAAUCGGGUGGUAUGUCCAACAAUACGUGCUCAUUGCGCUAUCCACGCAUCCCGGUGGAUAAAGGUAGUUAAACAAACCCCCUCCAAGAGUCAAAUCUUUCGCCUAUCGCAACUUCAUGUUAACUUCAUACUUCAUUUUAAAUUUUUGUUUUCUUAUUUUGGAGUUGAUAAUAAAUUCGUGUGUUUGUGUGUGUUUUUUCUCUAACGGAA